AUGUUUGUUAUUGUACGAUACGGAGAUCACCAAAGCAGGAUCUUCAACGCUAACUGUAGGAAUGAGGUUCUACUUCACCACAUCAAGCGUCGAUGUGAGUGUGUGGAUCGAGAAGAUGUGGUGGAAUUGUCGGACGAGAAGGGCGUGGUGAAAAACCUUCGGAACUUCCCGUUCGACUACGGAAGUGAGUACCUAAAGGAACGAGAGACUCUCAUACUCCUCAAAGUUGAUACUUUACUCGAGGAUCAGGAGUGUGAUCGGAUGGUGUACGUUCCUCUACUUGCCGAGCUGGAACACAAUAAAGAAUUCACAGAUGCGCUGAACCCCAAACAGGAGAUUCGUCCUACCUCUUCUAUGGACGAGGAUGGGCGUGGUAACAAGAAAAAUAUCAAAGGAUCGUCUGCUGCAUCAAAGGGCGCGAAAAAAGGCACUGAUUCGAAGCGAACGUCUGCCAAAAGUCCGCGUAGAUAG